CGUCGACGGGUUCUCUCAGUUCAUGCAGCAGCUUACUGUAAAGUGUUACCCGGUAAUAUUAUUUUAUUGUUUUUAAUAUCACGAUGGCGUUUUAGCUAACGCAGCGUCUAACUCUCAUGGCCAGUCGGUCGCUGGCCCCGCAUCACAUGUCCUCGUAGCAGAGCCCGCAGUCCCUCGCCGCUGGUGCUGAUGAGAGGGAGUGGAGCGCGCAUUCUGCAGCAGCGGCGCGCGAGAGUCACACACGGACGACGGACCUCGGCGGGCAGGCAUAGCCUCGCUGGACCUCAGGCACGGGCGGCUCGCUCCGACGCGAUACUCGAAGCUGCUAUGGAGACUGAGCGCGCAUCGGUGAAGACGGGGAACGCGCGCGGGCGUGACUCGAUGCGUCUUCUGUAGGGCGAGCGCGAGCGCGGGCUUCUCUUCUGAAGGAUGGGCUACUCGGAUCCGACGGCUAGUAGAGAUCUGUUGGGAAACAGAUCCCUUUGUUUUAUUUUCAUAUGUGCUUUUGGACUGGUCACUUUACUGCAGCAAAUCCUCUAUGGCAAGAACUACAUUAAAAGUGGGCAACAGUUUUCCCGCCUCAAAGGAGAGGAGGUGGGCAACUGGAGCGGGCUCAUUAGUUACCCCGAUGAUGGAGGGAUGAAGCCGGCCAGAAAUGGGAGGAAAAGAUGUGUCCGUCAGAAUUUUCAGGCAUCUGAGGCUCAGAGCUCCGUAGUUAUCACGCCCUGCCUAGCUGAUAUUCAGAAGAAAAAAAAAGAACAGAAAAGGUAUCUGGAACGCUCCGAAGGCUCUUUGGAGUUCAACUCCACCUCCUGCAAGGAGCUACGGCAAGAAAUCACAGACGUGAAAGUACUGACCAUGGUGAAGACGUCGGAGCUGUUUGAGCGAUGGAGGAACCUGCAGGUGUGUAAGUGGGAGCAGAACAAGGAGGAGACGGAUAACUUCAAGAUGUCUCUGUCGCGCUGCUGCAAUGCCCCCUCCUUCCUGUUUACCACGAAGAGAAACACUCCGUCGGGCAGCAAGCUGCGUUACGAGGUGGAUACGAGCGGGAUCUUACACAUCAGCCCCGAGAUCUUUAAGAUGUUCCCCGAUGACAUGCCCUAUUCCAAAUCUCAGUUUAAGAAAUGCGCCGUCAUCGGGAACGGAGGCAUCAUUAAAAACAGCAAGUGCGGGCGAGAGAUCGACGCAGCCGACUUUGUCUUCCGAUGUAAUAUUCCUCCAAUCUCAGACAUGUACAGUGAAGAUGUGGGAUCUAAGACUGAUCUUGUUACAGUAAAUCCCAGCAUUAUAACUGAGAGGUUUCAGAAGUUGGAGAAAUGGAGAAAGCCAUUUUACGACGUUCUGCAGAACUACGAGAACUCCUCGGUGGUUCUGCCGGCGUUCUAUAACACGAGGAACACCGACGUGUCGUUCCGCGUCAAGUACAUGCUGGACGACUUCGAGUCGAGCAGCGGCGUCUUCUUCUUCCACCCGCAGUACCUGCUGAACGUGCAGCGCUUCUGGGCCGUGCAGGGCGUCCGGGCCAAGCGCCUGAGCAGCGGCCUGAUGCUGGUCACCGCCGCCCUGGAGCUGUGCGAAGAGGUGCAUCUCUACGGCUUCUGGGCGUUUCCCAUGAACCCCUCCGGAAUCUUCAUCACGCACCAUUACUACGACAACGUCAAGCCCCGCCCAGGGUUCCACGCCAUGCCGUACGAAAUCUUCAACUUCAUGCACAUGCACGCCCGUGGUAUCCUGCACGUGCACACGGGCCCCUGCAGGUGAAACCCCGCGCCGCCGCGAUCCGAUUGGUCCGUUUCGUAGAGCUCCUCCCUCCAAGGAACUCAGACUCACACUGCCUUAAAGGCCGGCCGUUUUAUUACUACGUGUUUUUACAAUAUCGUGUCGGGACAGUUGCGAAAUGGUACGUGUUUCCUGUUUGGUGAUUUCCCGUAAUGGUGUCGUGUUUGUGUAUCAGAGCAGAUAUCACCUUUUAAACUUUGUGAGCGCGCGCCGAUCUGGAAAUAAAAACCUCCUUCAUUUUCUCCAUAGGGAAAUUGAUUUUUAAUGAUAAACCUUUAAAGACAGACUUCUUGCGAGCACUGAGGUUGCUCAUCGAUGGAAACUGCUUUCGUUGAAGCCAUCUGUUCGCGUAUUUUUAAAAAAAUAAUCACGUUUAAAUGACUAAAACAUAAAAAUACCACCAUUAACAUGCUAAGUUCACACGUGCUACAGACAGUUAUUCUGUUUUGAAAUGCGUGCUCUGUGUCAGAAUGUCUGUUUUUGUUUUGGUCUGUGUGACUCCGCCCACUGCCUGUUUACCCAAUUGUAUCUCAGCAUCCCAGGUUGCCAGAUAACGCAGCAUGUUCCGGCCACGAAGCCAGCAAACAAACAGGGUCAGAGAGAGCAGAAUCAACCUGACCUAAAAAGCCUUGGCAUCCAUCUAAAGUCUCUGAGCAGAGGCAUAUAAAACGUGCAUAAAUCAACUCAUUGCUUAGCACUGUCAGUCAUCUUAGUUCCUGUUCUCAAUCUGGCAACCCGCGCGAGGCCCGAGGAGAUCUCUCCUGUAUUCUGAUUGCACACACUUUAAAGUUUGUCAUGUUGUUGUUCACCUUGUUGCUUGUUGCUUUAGUUUAUGGUUUAUACCGCUUUAAAGAAAACAUUACAAAAUCCCUAUGGGAAAAAUGAAUGCAAAAAGAAUUCCUGGGAAAAAAAGUGGGCGGGCUUUAAACUCACAAAUGAGAAAUUCAAUUUCUACAAUUUCCAUGCAUAGUAGCCCCACCCAUCAUUUGUAUAUUAAACAUAAAAUAUAUAUCACAGGCUGUUAUUGUGUCACAUUGCGUCUGGUUGAGGCAGAUUAAACCAAGUUUAACUAAACUAAUCAAGUUGAUGACGAUCACAUCAUAAAAGUAGACUGACAUUUCAGUUGAAGUUUAUGUAUAAUGAUAAAUACAUGUUUAACGCACAGACUUCUGAAGUUACGUAUGAUCAUUUACGAGGAAAUAUAACUUUAUGUAAUCAAAUGGGACAGUUGUUCAUGUGUUUCUCUCACACACGGUCUGUGAUUGAGCUUUCAACUCUUUAUUAGGCUGAACUUUAUACACCUUGUUUUCAGGCUUGUAUACGAUAUUGUGAUCACAAUCUGACAUAAACACACUUUUUAAGAUUCAUCAAGAUCCUGAUUUCAUGAGUCUUAAAGACAUCCAUCCAUCCAUCCAUCCAUCCAUCCAUCCAUCUAUCUAUCUAUCUAUCUAUCUAUCUAUCUAUCUAUCUAUCUAUCUAUCUAUCUAUCUAUCUAUCUAUCUAUCUAACCAAUUAUUUGUUAAUUUGGACAAAAAUAUCUGGCACAGAACUGACCAGUUAUUCUAUUUUUUACUUUCAUAUUUAUGAAAUUAAUAUUCAUUUUUUUCAUGCAUUGUUUUUUUUUCUCGUCCCGUCAUUGUUUUGACCCAAAUGUACAGUUAUCUUUCAGGCCAAUAAAGCACACAGAUCUGCUUCUAA